CCCAGGCUACGAUUACUACUGCUACUGCUACUGCUUCCGCUGCUGCUGCUGCUGUUACUGCUGAAUCCCAAAGCAUCGCCAAAUGCGCCAGCUUGUGACGUGGUCGGCAUUGGGAGGCUCCACGACUGACGCAGCGUAGUGCGAUCUGCUCUUUUUUGUGCUAUUUUCACGACUGCCUUUUUACAUCUCGCUUGAUUCGCUGCAACACCGCAAACGCAGUUGCAGCCGUCGACGGCAUCUCCCCGCGCGACAUCCACGCUCCCGCCACACAACGCCCAGCAACGCACACGACACCAACCGCCCGCUCUGACGAUCGAAUACACGAUAAUAGGUGUCGGUUAUACCCUCAAAUCUGUAUUAUAGCUGCUGCCAUCUACAUGAGGCGCUGAAUCCGGUGUCUCGUGCUUCCCCUACCCGCGCAGCAUGGCGCAGCAACAACAAGUCGCUAUUGAGCGGCUUGAGCACAUUAGCCGCGGCCUUCGAUCCAAGGUCAGCGAUGAUGUACGAAGACGAGCAGCAGUACAGCUCCGCGAGCUCGUGAAUCUCUACCACAGAGAUCUCAACAGCGAACAAUUCGCCACUUUCUACAAUGCUGUCAACAAUAGAAUAACACAACUCAUCACACAUGGCAGCGAUACCGCAGAACGCUUGGGUGGCAUCUACGCCCUCGAUGCCCUCGUCGACUUCGACGGCGCCGACGUGGCCAUGAAAUACACUAGAUUUAUGCAAAACCUAAAGACGGUUCUUCGAGGAAAAGACAUCGUCCCGAUGCGUCCGGCCGCCGCAGCCCUCGGCAAGCUGUGCCGUCCCGGUGGCUCGCUCAUCUCCGAGUUGAUCGAUUCCGAAGUCAACACCGCCCUCGAGUGGCUGCAAAACGAUCGAGUCGAAGAACGACGAUAUAGUGCAGUCUUGGUCUUGCGAGAACUGGCAAAGAAUGCCCCGACGCUCAUGUACCAGUAUAUCCCCCAGAUCUUCGAAUGGGUCUGGUACGGUCUUCGAGACUUGCGUCAGCUGAUUCGAGAAACGUCGGCAGAGACAGUUAGCGCUUGCUUCCGCAUUAUUCGCGAACGGGACCAAGAGAUGAAGCAGAUUUGGAUGAGCAAGAUAUAUCAGGAAGCCAGGGUCGGAUUGACACACAAUACGGUUGAGUCUAUCCACGCUUCGUUGCUUGUCCUGAAGGAGCUGCUCGAACAAGGUGGUAUGUUCAUGCAGGAGCACUACCAGGAAGCCUGUGAUAUUGUCUUCAAGCACAAGGAUCACAGAGACCAUGUUAUCCGAAGCACCGUCGUACAACUUAUUCCCGAUCUUGCGAGCUACUCGCCAGCCGAUUUUGCCACAACAUGGCUUCGCAAAUUCAUGAUUUACCUCUCGAGUAUGCUAAAGAAGGACAAGGAACGAAACGACGCAUUCCUUGCCAUCGGUAACAUUGCAAACUCGGUAAAAAGCGCCAUUGCCCCAUAUCUCGAUGGCGUCUUGGCCCACGUUAGCGAGGGACUCAGCGUUCAGUCUCGUAAGAGAGCAUCCGUGGACCCCGUUUUCGACUGCAUCAGCCGACUUGCUGUCGCAGUCGGCCAGACUCUCAGCAAAUACAUGGAAGCACUGCUUGACCCCAUCUUUGCUUGCGAUCUUACGCCUAAGCUAACCCAGGCAUUGGUCGAUAUGGCAUUCUAUAUCCCACCCGUGAAGCCCAUUAUUCAGGAGCGUCUUCUUGAUAUGCUCAGCGUGGUUUUGUGCGGCGAGCCGUUUAAGUCUCUAGGUGCCCCUCAACCAAACACUCUCAACUCAGUGCCCAUUAUUGCUAAAGAUGGAAAAGACCCGCUGGCUUAUGAACACCGACGGGCCGAAGUCAAGCUUGCACUUAACACGUUGGGCAGCUUUGACUUUUCUGGCCAUGUUUUGAACGAAUUUGUUCGCGAUGUCGCUAUCAAGUACGUCGAGGACGAGGACCCCGAAACCCGAGAGGCUGCCGCCCUUACUUGCUGCCAACUCUACGUGCGCGACCCCAUCGUCAACCAGACCAGCUACCAUGCCCUUCAAGUUGUUGGUGAUGUCAUUGAGAAGCUUCUUACUGUCGGUAUCUCAGACCCUGAACACGCCAUCCGCAAGACGGUGCUGAACGCCCUUGAUGAGCGGUUCGACCGUCACCUAGCAAAGGCUGAAAACAUCCGUGUCCUAUUCUUUGCUCUCAAUGACGAAGUCUUUGCCAUUAGAGAAGUAGCUAUCGCUAUUAUCGGUCGUCUGGCUAGAUACAAUCCUGCCUACGUCAUUCCCUCUCUACGAAAGACCUUGAUCCAGAUGCUUACGGAAUUGGAGUUUUCUGAUGUUGCUCGCAACAAGGAAGAGAGCGCAAAACUCCUCAGCUUGCUCGUUCAGAAUGCUCAGUCUCUCAUCAAGCCCUAUGUCGAGCCGAUGAUAUCUGUACUUUUACCCAAGGCUCGUGAUCCCAACGCCACCGUCGCAGCAACCAUUCUCAACGCCAUUGGUGAACUAGCUACGGUUGGUGGUGAAGAUAUGCUCACUUACAAAGAUAAACUUAUGCCAAUCAUCAUUGAUGCUUUGCAAGAUCAAAGUUCAAACAGCAAGCGUGAAGCUGCUCUCCACGCCCUUGGUCAGUUGGCAAGCAACUCUGGCUAUGUCAUUACACCAUAUCUCGAAUAUCCCGAGCUAUUGGAGAUUCUGCAAAGCAUUAUCAGAACAGAAGGUCAACGAGGCCCCUUACGACAGGAAACUAUUAAGCUGAUGGGUAUUCUUGGUGCCCUUGACCCCUACAAGCAUCAGCAAGUCGAAGAACAACCCUUGGAGGUGCAGCGACGCAAUGAAGCCAGUCAAAUGACUGAUAUAUCUCUAAUGAUGACUGGAAUGACACCCUCUAACAAAGAAUACUUUCCCACUGUUGUCAUCAACGCACUGCUUCAAAUCCUCAAGGAUUCCUCUCUAGCACAGCACCACGCAGCUGUCAUCGAGGCCAUCAUGAACAUUUUCCGCACCCUUGGAUUAGAAUGUGUCUCGUUCCUAGACCGCAUUAUUCCUGCAUUCUUACAAGUCAUUCGAUCGUCCUCACCUACCAGACUCGAAUCCUACUUCAACCAAUUGGCCACCUUGGUUAGCAUUGUGCGCCAGCAUAUUCGCAAUUAUCUUCCCGAUAUUAUUGAGAUUCUCCAAGAAUACUGGCACAAAUCCUCAUCUCUUCAGACUACCAUCCUCUCGUUGGUUGAGGCCAUCUCCAGAUCCCUCGAAGGUGAAUUCAAGAUUUACCUCGCUGGUCUUUUGCCCCUAAUGCUGGGCAUCCUGGACAAGGACACAUCCCCAAAGAAGACACCCUCCGAGAAGGUAUUGCAUGCUUUCCUCGUUUUUGGAGCUAGUGCCGAGGAGUAUAUGCAUUUGAUUAUCCCCGUCAUUGUACGCACCUUUGAGAAGCAGGGACAGCCAACAUUCCUACGCAAACACGCCAUUGAUACCAUUGGCAAGAUUUCUCGCCAAGUAAACCUGAAUGACUAUGCCGCCAAGAUUAUCCACCCCCUCACUCGAGUCUUGGAGACUGGCGACGCAACUCUUCGAACGGCUGCUCUGGACACUCUCUGCUCCCUGAUCCACCAGCUUGGCAAAGAUUACCUCCAUUUCAUGCGAACAGUGAACAAGGCCCUUGCUCAGCACCAAACGCAACAUGCCAAUUACGAGCUUCUCGUUAGCAAGCUGCAAAAGGGUGAGGUUUUGCCUCAAGACCUCAGCGCCGAAUCUCGAUACGCCGACAUGGGUGACGAUUCGGCCUUUGCUGUUGCCGACCUAGGUACGAAGAAGCUGGAAAUGAAUGCUAUCCAUCUCAAGUCUGCCUGGGAUACUCGCGGCAAGUCCACCAAGGAUGAUUGGCAAGAGUGGUUGCGUCGCUUCAGUACGACUCUGCUUACGGAGUCGCCUAACCAUGCUUUGCGAGCAUGUGCAAGCUUAGCCAGUGUCUACUUACCACUAGCUCGUGACCUGUUUAACUCUGCCUUUGUAUCUUGCUGGGGUGAACUUUACGAACAGUUCCAAGAUGAGCUCAUUCAGAAUAUAGAGAGUGCAAUCAAGUCUGAAAAUAUCCCACCAGAUUUGCUAGGACUUUUGCUCAACCUUGCCGAAUUCAUGGAGCACGAUGACAAGGCGCUGCCUAUUGACAUUCGAGUAUUGGGUCGCGAAGCUGCCCGAUGCCACGCAUACGCAAAGGCUCUUCACUACAAGGAGCUUGAAUUCCUCCAAGACCAAAGCAGUGGUGCUGUUGAGGCCCUCAUUGUUAUCAACAACCAACUGCAACAAUCAGAUGCUGCUAUCGGUAUUCUUCGCAAAGCUCAGCUCUACAAGGAAGGUAUUCAGCUGCGUGAGACAUGGUUCGAGAAGCUGGAGCGCUGGGAGGAAGCCCUUGCGUUCUACCAAAAGCGUGAAUCUGAACUUCCCAAGGACUCGGUUGUCCCUAUUGAUAUCGUUAUGGGUAAAAUGAGAUGUCUUCAUGCCCUAGGUGAAUGGGAUGCUCUGGCCAACUUGACCGGCAACACCUGGGCCAACUCUUCCUCCGAGGUUCAGCGCAUGAUUGCACCACUGGCAACGGCUGCGGCCUGGGGUCAACGCAAAUGGGACUCCAUGGAUAACUACCUGUCGUCCCUGAAACGCUUCUCGCCCGACCGAUCCUUCUUUGGUGCUAUUUUGGCGCUGCAUAGAAACCAAUUCCGCGAGGCCAUCUCAUGCGUCCAGCAAGCACGUGAAGGUUUGGAUACCGAGCUUAGUGCGCUUGUUAGUGAAUCCUACAACAGAGCAUACCAAGUCGUCGUUAGAGUACAGAUGCUUGCCGAGUUGGAGGAGCUCAUCGUGUAUAAACAGUGCGAUGAGAAGAAGCAAGCAACUAUGCGCAAGACUUGGGAAGCCCGUCUCCAAGGCUGCCAGCGCGAUGUGGAAGUCUGGCAUCGCAUGCUUCGUCUGAGAGCUCUUGUGCUCAGCCCUACUGAGAAUAUGCGCAUGUGGAUUAAGUUUGCCAACCUGUGCAGAAAGUCUGGACGAAUGGGUCUGGCCGAGAAGUCUUUGAAGCAGCUCGUUGGUAGCGAUGCGCCACUGGAUAGCAUGAUCCCGUACUGGCUCGAUAAGACGGAUCAAGGCCCGUCACCCGCAAAGAACGUCCCCGCUCAGGUUAUUUAUGCCAUGCUGAAGUUCCAGUGGGAAGCUGGUCAGCAGCCUACAGGUCGCCCAACGAAGACUAUUGCCGAACGCACGCUCUACUGUCUUCAACGCUUUACGGACGAGUCUGCGCACCGACUUGAAAUGGCUAGUGCCCAACUGUCGUCGCAGUCCGGAGCUGAUAUCAAUGGCGUUGAUUACGGCUUCCAGAACCAGAUCGACCCAUCGCUGGUCAGCCCCCAAACACAGCGUGCUCUAUACGACCAAACAGUCUUGUUGGCCAAAUGCUACCUUCGACAGGGUGAAUGGCAGAUUGCACUGAACCAGAACGACUGGCAGUACAACAGCAGCAAGGUUGGCGAGAUUCUCGCAUCGUAUGCACAGGCCACCAAAUACAACCCGCGCUGGUACAAAGCAUGGCACGCAUGGGCUCUGGCCAACUUUGAGAUUGUGCAGGCCCUUACAGCAAGGGGAGAAGGCCAGACUGGACGAAACCACCAGAACAUUAUCGUGGACCACAUUGUUCCCGCAAUCCAAGGUUUCUUCAAGUCUAUUUCUCUAUCUGCUGGCAGCUCCUUGCAAGACACACUUCGUCUGCUUACCGUCUGGUUCGCCCAUGGUGGCCAUGCCGAAGUCAACACUGCCGUUACAGAGGGAUUCACCAAUGUCAGCGUCGAUACGUGGCUUGAGGUUCUUCCUCAGCUCAUUGCUCGCAUUAACCAGCCCAACAAGCGUGUGCAACAGUCGGUUCACAGUCUUUUGGCGGAUGUUGGUAGAUCCCAUCCUCAAGCGCUGGUAUACCCCCUUACUGUUGCGAUGAAGUCAUGGCAAAACUCGCGCCGAUCCAAGUCUGCCGCACAAAUCAUGGACUCUAUGCGACAGCAUAGUGCCAACCUUGUGGCUCAAGCAGACGUAGUCAGCCACGAGCUGAUCCGUGUCGCCGUUUUGUGGCACGAGCUCUGGCACGAAGGCCUUGAAGAGGCGUCGCGCCUGUACUUUGGUGACCAUAACAUUGAAGGCAUGUUUGCUACUCUGGAUCCCUUGCAUAACCUUCUCGAACGUGGACCAGAGACUCUGCGAGAAAUAUCAUUUGCGCAAGCCUUUGGCCGUGAUCUGAGAGAAGCCCAAGAGUGGUGCCACCAGUACCAGAACAGUAGGGAUGUCAAUGACCUGAACCAAGCUUGGGACCUGUACUACCAGGUGUUCCGCCGAAUCUCAAGACAGCUGCCGCAGGUUACUACACUUGAGUUGACAUACUGCUCACCCAAGCUCCUCAACGCCAAGAACCUGGACUUGGCUGUACCAGGAACAUACAAGAGUGGCCAAGACAUUGUGCGAAUUACGUCCUUUGAAUCCACGCUCAGCGUCAUCAACUCUAAGCAGCGUCCCCGCAAGCUCACCCUUUCUGGCAGUGACGGCACACCGUACUCAUUCCUGCUCAAGGGUCACGAAGAUAUCCGACAGGACGAGCGUGUCAUGCAGCUCUUUGGCCUGUGCAACACGCUCCUGUCCAACGACUCGGAGUGUUAUAAGAGGCAUCUCAACAUCCAGCGUUUCCCUAUUAUCCCUCUAUCGCAAAACUCGGGUCUGAUUGGAUGGCGCCCCAACACCGAUACACUGCACAUGCUCAUAAGGGAGUACCGUGAGAGCCGCAGGAUUCUUCUUAACAUUGAGCACCGCAUCAUGCUACAGAUGGCUCCCGACUAUGAUAACCUGACGCUGAUGCAAAAGGUCGAAGUCUUCGGAUACGCUCUCGACAAUACCACUGGCCAAGACUUGUACCGUGUCCUCUGGCUCAAGUCCAAGUCGUCCGAAUCGUGGCUCGAGCGUCGCACCAACUACACUCGCUCCCUUGGCGUUAUGUCCAUGGUUGGCUACAUCCUCGGUCUCGGCGAUCGUCAUCCUUCUAACCUCAUGCUUGACCGUGUCACUGGCAACAUUAUCCACAUUGAUUAUGGUGACUGUUUCGAGGUGGCCAUGAAGCGUGAAAAGUACCCCGAGAGAGUGCCUUUCCGCUUGACGCGCAUGCUGACCUAUGCCAUGGAAGUCAGCAAUAUUGAAGGCAGCUUCCGUAUUACCUGCGAGCAUGUCAUGCGUGUGUUGCGUGAAAACAAGGACAGUUUGAUGGCUGUUCUCGAAGCCUUCAUCCACGAUCCUCUCCUAACCUGGCGCUUGACCAACGCUGCAUCACCGCAGGGACCCAACUUCAACACAGAGCGUGACGGAGCACUCAUGGCUGCCCCCCCAACUGGCGGCCGCCCCCGACGUCAGUCCAUCUUGGAAGCAGACGUUGCGCCAUCGGAGCUUCUCGCCAUCACUGAGCCGUCUGGCCCGCCCAUGGCCCGAUCUCGCGCUCGCACCAACAGCUCUGUUAAACCAGAUGCUCUGGUCGCUGCUGGUGGGCAAGACGCGGAAACGCAAAACGCGCGUGCCUUGGAAGUCUUGGACCGUGUGCAGCAGAAGCUCACUGGUCGUGAUUUCAAGAACAAUGAGGAAUUGGACGUGAUCAACCAGGUCAACAAGCUCAUUGUGGAGGCAACCAAACUGGAAAACUUGUGUCAACAUUACAUUGGAUGGUGCAGUUUCUGGUAAGUAUGGUUUGGCGCUGAGAUCGGGCUUCGCCGGUCGUUUUGUAACUGAUGCGCUAGAUGAUGAGCUGAUUGCUGCACGUUGCCUACCAUCGCUUGUUCUACAUCUUCUUCUUUCUUCGUUAUUCGUUCUUCUAUAUUCCCAGUCCUCUUUCUCUACAUAGAGGGCAACCUUUUAAACGUUCCAUGGGUUGGUUCUUUUACUUUCUUUGUUAUUUUUGGAGCGUCCUGCUCCGUCUCCCCCUCAACGCUUCUUCCUUAUCUACCCGCUGCUCUCUUUGCACAACACCGAGCAUUAUAUAUUACACAAACUACAUCUAUAUAUGUGCCGCGGACAUCACAGGCAUCUUGGAUCGGUUGCAGGAAUUACAGGUCGUUGCUUGCUGUGCCUAGAUUUCGGCGAAUUGUUUUGUGUUAUUAUUUCUUUAGAGCAGCAGCAGAUAAGCUUCUGGUAUGCGCAAUGUCGUUAUUCUUGGUUUUUAUCGCGAUAAUACAACUUUUCUUUUGUUCUAU